AUGGCGGAACCUGUGUUUGAUUUAAACGACAACCUGUUCGGACAGGACCCUGCGUUGAUCAUCCGGAGCGUUGUAGCCUACCCUGACCGUUAUUUCACGCCGGAAUUCGAUAUAGCCCAGCGUGAUGGUGUAAGGCAACUUGCUCACCGACAGAACCUAGCAGCCUCAGGCCCGUUUCCCGUUCCUUUACUUAAUACCGCUAUCGAAUCGGAGGAUACGGAUGAAUGGCUUCUCCACAGGUUUAUGGAGGGAUUGGACGCGCCGUUCCCCGGUGCGGUCAACGCUGUUUACCCAAUUCUCCAGAUGCUCGAGCCUCCGCUUCAUACUGCAGUUAGAGCGGGUCGGGCAGAUGCAGUGCGGAUGCUCUUGGGGCAUCCAACUAUUAAUACCAUGACGGUAUAUGUCCAGCAACGUUCCGCUAACGCUGGCGAUUGUAGAUUGUCAGGGUUUGCUCAUCCUUCGCCAUGUGAACCAGAUUCUUUCGAAUCACCUUGUCUAACCGCGAGUGAGUAUGUGAUAGAAUGCUUUUCCCGUGCGGAGGCCGGGUCAAUGCUACAGCGGAACAUCGAAAACUGCGGAUUAGUGUUUGUCGCUGCCGGAUCUUUUCCAGGGCCGCUUGACGCCGACUCUCGUGUUGUUCCCAGCUUCGCACGAGCGAUGCAAGCGGGAAUGCACAGGUACACCUUGGCAAUACUAGAACGGAUUCUCAAAUCGGCCCCCGCGCAUGACGAGCAUCGGGUUCGCUUACUUCAGCGCGGCCUAGAGAGAAUACUCUACCAAGCGGCCGGAGCAAUGGAAUCCAACCCUUUCAUCCAACAAAUACUCGACCUCUCGGACGAGAAUAAUAUCUUCCCGCUGCCCGCCAACCCGAGUAGCUUAGGUGUAAAUCCUAUUGCAGCGGCUCUAGAAAAUACGCACCCGCACAAUGCACACAAUAUUUUGGACUUCAUUAAACGACGCCUGGGUGCCGAAUUCGGGCUGCAGUCAGUAGAGUGGGUAAGGGUAUUGCUAAGAAAUAGUGAUAUAAUGAGUCAUUCGUCAAACACCGACGACAACCACGUGUUUUUUCGAGCAUUAAUCGAUUUCAUCCCUCGCCCACCGCUUCUCGGACCGGGAGCUAACAUGCUUAAGCAACAGUUCGAGCAGGAGAGGAACGAAUUUAUGACCCAAUGCGCGCACGAAGCAUUUCGUGCAGGCAAGUUAGCAAUUCUCAAUGCCACACUUCUCAUUGAAGGCCAAGGAUGUGAUACAGAUCUCUGGUUACGAGCGGCUAUUGAAUACCGUAAUACUGGAGCUUUCGAGGUCAUCAUCUCUAAAUGGUUGAAAAUGGGAAAGUCCCUCGAUACACCUCUAUCCGCGGUACCUGCAUCAGAGAAUCUGCAAGGCGCUCAGGAGGGAUGGACAAUUCUAGGUGCCGUAAUUGAAGCUCGACUCUUGGUUGCAAUAGAGUUGUUACUGAACGCAGGGGCUGAUCCCAAUGUUGUCGUACUUGCAGAUUGGUUCUCCCUUUAUAAUGAGAUCGACGAAGCCCAGCGCGUUCUUCAGAUGCCACAAUUCGUCAAAAUUUACUUCGGUUACGGGUUUUUCCAAGGGGACACGCUCCUGGUAAGCCAGGAAGAGUUGGAUAAUAACCAGGCUAUAAGAGAGCACACCAGACUCAUACUUCGCAUUGCUGAACUUCAUGGUGGCAUAAUGCGUGUUGGACCUGCCAUGUAA